CAUGGCUCCCUUCUAGGCUGCGGGAGGGUGCGGACGGCGUCUCGUUUGUAGUGUAGUUCGCCAUGGAGGCAGCUCGUAAAGCACUGGCUGUAGUUGCAGUGCUAGGCGCGGGAGGUGGCGUGGGUUCUAUUCUGUUUGCCUUAGUGACCCCAGGAGAACUACAGAAGCAGUUAAUGCUGCAGGAGAUGCCGGAAAGGGACUCGCGGCGCAGGGACGAAGCAGUCAGGACCAAGGAACUGGUGAUGGCUACCCUGAAGGACGCCGCAGCCACGAAGGAGAACGUGGCCUGGAGGAGGAACUGGACAGUUAGAGGCGACGGCAGGUCAGCAUGACACCAGAGCUUGCCCAUGGUCGUGGGAAUCUGUAAGGCACCUUUCUUGGUGCUCCAGACAUGAAGUCGGGAUUCAGGAGACAUACCAGGACUCUCUCCAAGGCACAGGUUGCUGCGGUUGGGGGAAUGCGUUUAGUGAGCACAUCGAGUGACAGGGUCGGAUGUGUGGAACCAAAGGAAUUAAUAAAUGCAGUUUACACAUUAAGUGAAUUUCGAAGCUGGACAUCUAAUGCUUAAAGAGCUGUGGACCCUCCCCCCUGCACAGUUCUUAAGUCCAAUUAAGUCUUCUGACUUCAAAAUGGGUCACGUGAUCUGAGUUUGCUUCUGCAACUGUCGGUAAAAGACUUUUUCCUAAAGUC